UGUAUUAACUGCAGAAUACUCACUCAACGUGCUUUUAAUUCCUAACGAAGCAUGUGCUGUCUGCAUGCAUGAUCAUCGUCACGAUUGUACAUACGUAUACAUAUACCUAUAGCUAUAUAUUUAGUUAUUUGCAUAAUAAAAUUCUUCCGUAAACACUUAUGACGUGAGAAAUUUAUUCGACAGUGUUAUGAUGACGAUAUACCUGGUCUACCUGUAUGUAAAUAUAGAACAAUUUUAAUAGCAUUACUCACUAUCAGCGAUACUAUCAAAGUAAGUACAAACAUUAUACCUAUAUAUACGUGCGAUGGUACAUCAGCUCAAAAUCCUACCGUCCAUAUUUCUAUUCCAUGAAAUUCCUUCAUUGUUGUCUCAUUUUCAACCAAGACGAGAUGUCUGACGGUGACAUGUCAAAUGGGAGAAAAAAAAAUGGUGAAGUGUUCACUAUUUCGUAUUCGCCUUCAGCUCAGUCAUCCGUAAUUGUAGACGAACAGAAUGAAUCGACGACGCCAUGUGACUUUGAGGACGCCGUUGAAGCAACUGGAUACGGCCUGUACAACUACUUGCUUCUACUGGCCGUUCUUCCGGGAGGAUGGGCGAGCUUCUUUGACGUUACUACAAUGUCUUACGUACUUCCAUCGGCUGAAUGUGAUCUUCAGCUGACGCUGUUUCACAAGGGAGUUCUCAACGCGGUGACAUACGCCGGUAUGGUGACAUCGGCGUUCUUUUGGGGUUUCUUGGCUGAUACAAUGGGGCGACGUUCUCUGCUAAUGGCCGGCUAUUUGACCGAUUCUAUUUGCAAUAUUCUGAUUAGUACUUCACAGAGUUUUCACGUUUUACUUAUCUUCAAAUUCCUCAGCGGAAUCAUAAUAAGUGGUCCUUUUUCUAUCAACAUGACGUACCUGGCAGAGUUUCACGGCGUUAAGUGCAGGACUAAAGCGCUAAUGUGGCUCAGCAUGUUCCCCUCCAUGGCCAGCGUGGCACUUCCAGGCUUGGCAUGGAUAGUGAUACCUCAGUCGUGGUCAUUCUCCCUUUUCGAUGGAACCAUUGUCUACAACUCCUGGCGAAUCUUCAUCUUGAUCUGCAGCACACCCGCACUGCUAGCGUUCUUGACUCUACUGUACUUUCCGGAAAGUCCCAAGUUCCUGAUGUCCCAAGGUAGAAAUGACGAGGCGAUGAAGGUCUUCCAAAGGAUGUACGCCAUGAACACUGGAAAACCGCCGGAAUCAUUUCCCGUGAAGGAACUCUGUCAGGAACGUCAAAAGAGCCAAACCGAAGGUUUGGAUGAAACAAGACGCGCGUCGGUUUGGGAGAAGGCUCAGAGUGGUUGGGCCCAGAUAAGGCCCCUCUUCCUAAAGCCGCAUCUCGCCAGGUUUCUCCUGAUUAUCGCCAUCCAGCUCGGAUGUAUGCUCAGCAUGAACACUCUUCGUCUCUGGAUGCCGCAGCUUUUCACAAUGAUGGAAAACUUCGAUUACGAGAAUCGCGACGCCAGCUUAGGCCCUCCCGUCUUGUGCGACAUCAUCAUGGCUUCGAACCCUUCAAGCGUCACACGCGAUGAUGCAUACCUUAAUUCUACGGUUGUGAGUACCUGUGUCGCGGCACCCGUUCAGAGCAGGGUUUACAUAAACUCGAUGAUCAUCGCGUGCACAGCUAUCAUAGGCUACAUGCUUGCCGGAACUCUGGUUAAUUUAGUCGGCAAGAAAAACCUCUUGUUUAUGGCUUACGUGGUUCCAGCAAUGUGCAGCUUUGCGCUGAAUUGGUCACCGAAUUCCGACAUGACGCUAGCCAUUGUGUCCAUAUUUAUGGCUCUAGCUAGCAUCUCUGUCAAUAUUAUUAUUAGUUUUAUCAUUGACUUGAUGCCCACGUCGCUGAGAACAAUGGCUGUCAGUUUGACAAUGUGCGUUGGUCGCUGCGGUGCAAUGAUUGGGAAUCUGUUAUUCCCAAUUCUUUUGAACGUGAGCUGCAUCGUACCCUUCAUGUUUAUCGGCUGUUUUUUACUCGGUAAGUGUAAUGCUCAAGGAGACUAUAUAUGCAUCUGUCCCAGACUUUAUUCAAUUAACGUAUGUCGACACACAGGGCAAACAAUGAGUUGCACUCCAUCCGAUAACCUUCCGGAAGUAGCCUACGUACCUGCCUCCGUCAAAGGAACCCCCAAUGAUGGGCAAUCUGGACACCAGUAUCGUUGUGAAUCAGAGUCCACGAACAUUGAGGUGCUAAUUUCUUUUAGAUCUGUAAAAAGCUUGAUUGUGAUAAUAAAUGACCAGGGAGAUGAAUUAGAUUUCUUCAAGAAAGGAGUACCGUUUCCGGCCGGAAAAGUACCAGAUUCCAUUAUCACGGUAAAGCAAAUAUUGAAUUUUUUAAAUACGGAGAAAUAUGCGUGCAUCAGGCAAAUAGAUGUGGAAAAUACCACUGCCCUGGCAGCUCAUUUGCACGAGCUCGGCGAACUUCAGCGUAACUUCAGUGAAAAGAAUAUAUUUGGCCCAGAACCACUGACACAAAAUCAGAUAUCACGUAAGCUGGUCGCGACUGAUACUCCAGAGAAAUCUUUUCUCCUUCUUCAUUCAAUACCUGAAAUGUCUACAUUAUUUAGAAUUCAUUCAGAUCUAAGUUACUUGCACGGCGACGACAAAAUGCCUGACGAAGAGAAACGGGACGUAACGAAAGAGACUUGUAAGAUAUUCACUGUCUCAUUUCCAACCGAAGCUCAGCUUCCCGUCGGAGCUGUGAACGAACAUAAUGAAGCGGAAAAACCACGUGACUUCGAGGAAGCUGUCGAGGCCACAGGCUAUGGACUCUUCAACUAUUUACUUCUGUUGGCAACACUUCCGGGAGGAUUCGCAAGCGUCUUCGAUUCUACAACGAUGUCGUACGUUUUACCAUCGGCUGAGUGUGAUUUGAGUCUGACAUUGUUUCACAAGGGAGUUCUCAACGCUGUUACUUACACAGGAAUGAUGUCUUCGGCGUUUAUUUGGGGCUUCUUGGCUGACGUGAGAGGUCGACGGUCUCUUCUGAUAUGGGCAUACCUGGCAGAUUCAAUAUGCAACGUAUUGUGCAGCAUGUCGCAGAGCUUUUACGUUCUGUCGUUCUUCAAAUUCCUCACCGGAUUCAUCAUAAACGGCCCUUUUGCAAUCAGCAUGACGUACCUCGCAGAGUUUCACUCUUCCAAGCACAGGGCUAAGACUUUGCUUUGGUGCAGUUUGUUUCCCUCAUUGGGUGCAGUCGUGCUUCCAGGCUUAGCGUGGCUGAUAAUUCCUCAGUCCUGGUCGUUCACUCUGUUCAACGGAGCUUUCGUCUUCAACUCUUGGCGGAUAUUCAUCCUGGUCUGCAGCAUGCCUUCGUUGCUGGCAUGCUUGGCGUUGAUGUACUUCCCGGAGAGUCCAAAGUUCCUCAUGUCUCAGGGUAGAAACGCCGAGGCGAUAAAGGUCUUCCAAAAAAUGUACUCGAUGAACACUGGAAAAUCGCCUGACACGUUCGCGGUAAAGGAACUCUGUCAGGAGCGUGAAAAGGAUCAAAUCAACGAUACGGUAGUUGACCAGAAAAGCGCGACCAUUUGGGAGAAGACUCGAAACGGUUGGGAUCAGAUAAAACCCCUUUUCAAGAAACCGCAUCUCGCUCGGUUUCUCCUGAUAAUCACAAUUCAGUUUGGAAGUAUCCUAAGUCUAAACACGCUGAGAUUGUGGAUGCCUCAAUUAUUCGCAAUGAUGGAAAACUUUGACUACGCCAACUAUGACUACAGCUUGGGUAACCCGACUCUGUGCGAGAUAAUAACUAUGAAAAAUGACACGAAUUACGUGGUGAAUAGUUAUACGAACGACACGGUUCCGAACUCGUGUGUUGCGACAGCUGUUUCCAACAAAGUUUACAUAAACUCGAUGAUAAUUUUCGGAACUGCCGUGAUAGGUUACACCUUUGCUGGAAAAUUGGUGAAUCUGAUAGGAAAGAAGAUUCUCAUGCAGGUGCUCUACGUUAUUGCAGUUAUUUGCAUUUUGGGACUUAACUGGUCCUCGAGCUCGGACGUCACUUUAGCAAUUCUUUCCGUGUAUACGGCUUCGACGAACAUCGCGAUCACCAGCAUCACCAAUUUCAUCGUUGUCCUGAUGCCCACGUCUCUGAGAACAAUGGCCGUGAGCUUGACCAUGUGUGUUGGCCGUGCUGGAGCGACGAUUGGAAAUCUCUUGUUCCCGAUACUACUGAGCGCAGGAUGCAUGGCACCUUUUACGUUCGUCGCAGGGUUUUUAAUCGCCUGCAUCGUGCUUACCACUUUCAUACCGAGGCCUCCGACAAAAUUAACGUAAAAGACUGGAGAAUGCAACGAUUUCCUCACACUCAAUAGGAUCGUUCGUUAUUUUUGUGCCGAUUACCUGUGCAUCGGUGGUUCCAAAGUGCUGGAUUAUUGUUCUUGUUUUCCAAAAUAGUCCUCAUUGUGAAUCCAUUAAAAUGAGGAACUAGCACACGCAACAGAAGAAGCCAGAACAACUGUAAAAGACUCAUAUAUUGUAAAUUGUCAAGUUAACUGAAGAGAUAA